AUGUCUAGGUGUUCAAAGUGUCUGUUGCAUACUCUGCAUCUACUGUGCCUUCUGCAUUUCUGUGUCUUGCCUCCAUGUCUCAUGAGUCUUGGAAAUACUUCUUCAUGCCAAGACCAAGAUUCUCACAAACUGGAGAACAUUUUCCAGUCAUACUUUGUAUUAUACCUCCUUGGCCACACACAUCUGUGGCCCUGUGCUGAUUCUCCUGAUGUCCCAAAACUGAAGAUCAGGGAACUGAAAAAUACAGGCAUCAAAGGUGCACUAGCCCUUACCUGUGCCACAUUGCACCAUACUCUUUCCCUGUUCAAAACUGGCGAACUGCAAAUUGAUGCUAAGCACAUGUCCUUCAGAGAGGUAGCUAUCAAGAUCCCACUCAAGGUGAACAAGGCAACCAGGAAGGAGUUGUCAGCUGUUUCAGCAUUCUCUGAGCAGAAUUGUGGCCCCCACACCAGGCAAUAUGCUAUAGCCAUUGCUAAGCAUGACAAUGCUGUGCUCCAUAACAUCAUUAUGGGAGCAACUAUGCUCAUUCCAUACAGUAUGGAUUUGAGAAUAAGUGCUAAGAAAGUUGCAGUCGACAACAAGUCAGAUAGUAGUAAUAGUGGGAAAAUAGCAUAA